AUGUCCCCGGACGCCCAAGUCAGACAAAGCGCGUCGCGUCGACCAAAGACCCGGAGAUGGUGGAAGACUGGUACGGAUGAGACUGAGUUCAAGAUCUCGCGUCUUUGCAGAGCAUGGGAGGCCGGUGUAUCUCCAACUGCCGAUUGGCUCUGCUUCAGCAUGCACACCGCCAUGCGAGAGAAUAACACGCCAGGACAACGGCCCCUGGUCGCGAAGACCGAUGUCUAUCUGAGAGCAUUUGCGCUGGUCGCAGCUCUACUACAUGAAUUGAACGACAGCCCUCCGCCGUAUUGGUUCGAACCGCCGCCCUACAGUACCGACGACCAACUCCCGCCUUACGUGCUAGCCGAUCCACUUGCUCAUUCCCAUGUACCCAACCACCCAGAUCUGCCGAAGGUUGCAACCUCCUCCGGAGAACUCAAGUCUCCAAACUCUGGGAUGGAUUAUAGUAUAGACUUUGGCGACACUACCGGAGUCCAGACGAGAGGGAAGAAGGCCAAGAAAGCUGCCCAAAAGGCUCAGCAGGCCAAGUGGUUCGAAUCGGAUAAUGAAGGCGAGGGUGGUGCUGCUGGCGAUGGUGGCGAGGGUGGCGGCGAGGGCGGAAACAACGGCGGCGGGGAUGCCGGAGGCUCUGGUGGUGGGGACGAUAACAACGGUGGUGGAGGGGACGACGAUGAUUGGGACUUCGGCGGUAGCAAGAAGAAAAACAAGAAGAACAAGAAAAAGCAAGAGGAGGAAGAGAAGAAGAAGCAGGCAGAGGAAGAAGAGAAAAAGAGGAAAGAGGGAGAGGAGGCCGCCCAUGCUACUAAUCCUCUUAGUUGGGCUGAUGAAACUAAUAACGCCGCGGCAGAUGAUGACUGGACUACAGGUUUCACGACGAAGAAAGACAAAAAGAAGAAGAACAAAAAAGGCGCCAACGAUGCUGCUGAUGAGCCGGCAGCUGCCUCAGCAUUUCAAGACAUCAACCUGGAUGAUACUGCUCCGAGGCUGGAGUUCAGCUUUGGCGGCUCCGAUAGCAAGAAAGAUUCCGGCGGCUUCGGCGCGUGGGGAAAGACGUGGGAUUUCGGGACUCUUGAUGACGGCUCGACAAAGAUUGAUGAAGCGUCGAGCAAGAAGGAAAGUCAGAAGAAAGUUGAUUCUACUGAACCCGGGGACAACAACCUCUGGUCUUUCGGCAGCAAAUCCAAGAAGAAGACAACAACAUUUAGCACCGGGUUCGACUUCGGCGAUCUAAAUUCUGGUGACAAUAACUUCAAUCUUGAUGUUGACGCUGGCGAUGCUGGCAACGGACAAGCCGCCGAUGAUGCUUGGGGGUUUUCGACCGUCAGUAAAAAGGAUAAGAAAAAGAAGUUGACCGAUGGGAAGAAAGCAGAGGAGCCGACCAUAGCGGAGUCCGAACCGAAGGAAGAAGACACUUGGGGCGGCUGGGCUACAACCACUUCCAAGAAGACCAAGAAAAAGAAAGGCUUUUUCGAAGAAGAUCCUAUCCCACCUCCGCCUCCUGCCGUGGCUGAGCCAGAAUCAGCACCUGCAGAGGAUGAUUGGGCCUUCACAACCAACAAGAAGGAUAAAAAGAAGGGCAAGAAGGGCCUAGUCGAAGAACCUGCCGUGGAGACCAAGGCCCCGGGGCCCGAUGCAGAAGAGGCCGAUGCCACGUUCGACUGGGGUGGGUUCGGGACGAGCAAGAAGGACAAAAAGAACAAGACAGGCUUCGGUGGUUUGGACGAUGAUCUUCUGGCAGACACUCCUGCUGAUCCAGAAACAGCGGCUGCUGACGGAGAUGACUGGAUGUCAGGCGCUUGGGGCACCAAAAAGAAAGACAAGAAGGGGAAGAAGGGUACCCUAACCGACGAAGUGGCCCCUCCUGCUCCAGCCGCCUCGGAGGCUCCAGCCGAAAAUGAUGAUCUUUGGGGAUCCUUCGGAAAGAAGGAGAAGAAGGGAAAGAAAGGCAAGGCUUCAAGUCCUGAACCAUCGAUUCCGGAUCCUAUACUUGAAGUGGAGCCUGAACCUGAACCUGCCAAAGAAGAACCAAAGGAGAAGUACGCUGAUAUCAGUGGCUGGGCCAACCUAUCUACGAAGGAUCGGAAAAAGAAAGAGAAGGAGGCAAGAAAGAAAGGUCUGCUUAUUCCUUCUGAAGAACCUGAGCCACCACCCCCAGAACCGGAAGCCGAAGCUGCCGCAGAGGAAGAUGUCUGGGGAGCCUGGGGCACCGCUGCCAAGGGUAAGAAGGGCAAGAACAAAGGGGCCGAAGAACUGGCUGAAGAGCCUGUAGUGUCAGCCAAGAACGAAUCGGAAACCAAGGAGGAUGAUUUGUGGGCAUUCGGAUUGACGGCAAAGGAAAAGAAGAAAAGAGAGAAGGAAGCGAAAAAGAAAGGCCUCGUUGACGUUGUUGAAGAGUCACCUUCCCCAGCGCCCGAGCCCGAGCCCGAGCCUGAGUCACAGACACCAAAGCAAGAUGACGAAUGGGGCAACUUUGGCCUGUCAGCAAAAGAGAAGAGAAAGAGGGAGAAAGAAGCCAAGAAGAAGGGGCUCCUGGAUGUUGUUGAAGAGCCUCCUGAGCCGGAGCCGGUGCCCGAAACGAAGGACAACGAUACCUGGGGUGGUUGGGGCGCGGUCUCUUCGAAAGACAAGAAGAAGAAGGAGAAGGAUCUCAAGAAGGGGUUUCUCGACCUGGAUGAAGUACCACCUCCACCGCCUGAGGCAGUUCCCGAGAUCAAGGAAGACGAAAACUGGGGUGAUUUCGGGCUUACAUCGAAGGAGAAGAAGAAGAGGGAGAAGGAGGCGAAGAAGAAGGCGAAUGCUGCUGCAUCUUCUGACCCCGACCCUGUGCCCGAGGUCGUUGAACCGGAAUCGAAACCUGCAGAAGACAAAGUUGACGAUAUCUGGGGCUCUUGGGGCGUCUCGUCCAAGGACAAGAAAAAGGCUGCCAAAGAGAGCAAGACAAAGGCCGUUACAGAGCUUGAUGAGCCAAUAACUGCCCAGAAAACCGACACGCCUGCUGAGGAUGACCUCUGGGGUGCUUGGGGAGUGAAGGACAAGAAGGGUGGUAAAAAGGCCAAAACCAAGGAAGAGCCUCCACCACCUGCCCCUAGUCCCCCAGCCCAGGGGUUGACGCCGGAACCCGAAGCGUCGGAGUUGUUGGACAAUGAUACUGUGGGUGACACUUGGGCGAGCUUGACGAAAACAAAGAGCAAGGCAUCAUCCAAGCACAGUGCAGGUUCAAAGUCCGCCACCGCCAACAAGGCAUUGGAAGGCAUGCCCGGGAAAGCCCCAAAGGCGAGCAUAUGGGGGUUUGGUACAACAACUACACACUCAACCACGACCAAACUGACCAAGAAAGAAAAAGAGGCAAAGGCCAAGAAGGAGGCUGAAGAGCAAGCCAAGAAGGAGGAAGAGGAGAGGCUGGCUCGCGAGGCUGCAGAGGCCGAAGCCGAAUCAGCACGUAUAGCUGAAGAAGAAGCUGCAAAGAAAUCCAAGAGCAAGAGCAAGAGCAGCAAAGGGUCGAAGACCGACUCAAAGACAAGCAAAACCAAAGACGUCAAUGAUCUCAUUGAUGUGCUUGACGAUGCGAGUCCGGCAUCAAAACUCGACAAAGGCUCCAAAUCCAAGACGAGUUCCAGCAAGGAAGACAAGGCGGAAGUCAAGAAGAGCAACGACGACUAUUUUGGCUUCUGGGGUAGCGCGUCUACAUCCAAGAAGACAGCUGGCAAAAAGGAGAUGGACUCGAAAAAAGAAAUUACCAAACAGGGGGCGUCCAAUGAGGAUGCGACACUAGUCAGCCAUGCGAAGGACCUCGACUUUGGACUGGACCUCGAAGGACCCUCGACUUCUACAAAGACCUCAAAGGCAAUGACUACGGCCACGACGAAGGGCAAAUUGGGUUCAUCUGUCGCAGACCGCAUCAAAGCGUUGGAAGGCAGUAAAGAAGGCAGCGGAACGAAAUCGAAGAGCAGCGCUCCGCUGACUAAGAGUUCGACCCCUGUCGAAGACGCUGCAUUGCCCAAAGAGGAAAAGAAGACCAAAAAUACGGCGUCCGCGGCCAAAACGAAGACGAGUGAUCUCAAGUCUGGCAAGAAGAAGUCGGAUGCAACGGCCGUUACAGAAGAGAAGAAAUCCAAAGACUCUGUCCCUGGAAGCUUUCCUGGUGCGUUGGGCGAUGAUGACUUCGACGACGUGCUCGGUCUGAACGACCCCCCGGCGCCGACCUCGCCUGAAAAGCGAAAGUCUGAGACGAAAUCAAAAGGCGCCGAGAAGAAGGGCACGAAAGCGAAGACUACAACAGCCAAAGAGCCAACCACGAAGAACUUGGACCUCCUGGACGAAGCCCUUGAAACUUCCAAGUCCCCGACCCCUUCCCCGGAUGAUAAGAAGCCUAUCAAAAAAGAACGGCCCCGGGUUGAACGAUCUGCCACUACCUCUUGGGGAUUCUGGGGGGCAGCACCUCCGCCCAAGAAGUCCACAAAGGACAAGUCCAAGGAGCCCGACAUGUCGCCGCCGGCCAAGAAGGAAAAGUCACCACCUGGUUUGACCCGGUCGAAAUCAACCCGCACGGCCAAAGAGAAGGAGCGAGAAGAGAAGAAAGAGGCGGAAAAGUCGUCCAGUUCUGAUCGGGACACCAGACCGGCGAGAGCGACCGAAAGGCCGAAGACCACUCGAGGGCCUUCGUUCUCGAACUUCAUGUUUGGUGGGCCACCACCGUCGGCGAUGCGACCGAAGACUACUCGAAGACCCAGCAAUGCCAGCAGCUCCCGACCGUCGUCCAGACGUCAAUCAAUGGACGCGAUCACGUCUCCUAUGGAGGAUGAACCACAGAUCAACGGCAAGGUAGCGAAGAUUAUGGGCUUGAAGUCCGGCAAGGUUGAGCGUCGUCAGUCGGUGAAGGGCAAGUCAUCAGGCGUUCCCGACCCAUAUCCCAUCGACGACGACGAUAUGGUGAUGAUCCAUACGCACGACAAUCCACCAGCUGUCAAUGGCGCUUCUGCAACGAAGAACUCAAAAUCCAAGUCUUCGAAGUCGAAGAAAGAGAUCAAGUCAGACAAGAAAGAGAAUUCCUACGACGACGAUGUGGUACUGGUUGAUGGCCUGGUGAACGGUGAUCCGUUGGUCACUAGUGGACCUGACGACCUCGCCUUCGUGGAUCAUCCUCCUGCCCUGAGAAGAAGCAGCACCGCUGCGUCACGAAGAUCGACUGGUCUUUUUGGCAGUUUCUUCGGUGGUGGCGCAAAGCACGUUGAUGUGGAGAAGGGGAGGCCGAGGAAUAUGACAUUGACAGAUGCUGAAGACCACGGACUUCCCAUCCGGACCAAGGACCGGUCAAAGAGAAGAUCGCGUGUCCCUGACGGCGAAGGCUUCACUACAGACGGUCCUGGCGAAACUGACGCAGACAUUGAAGCCCGUCGAAUUGAACGGAGAGCGAAACGGGAAGCCCGUGACCGAAUCGACGAAGCUGAUCGGAUCGAGCGCGAGCAAAAGCGCAAAGAAAGGCGGGAGCGUGAAAAGGCCGAUCUUGAAGCCCGCCAACGUAAAGCUCGUGAUCGUGCCAGACAGGAAGAGGAAGAGGAAGAAAGACGUCGUGAGGAGAAGCGGGCGCGGCGAGCCGCCAAAGAGGCUCGUCUUCGUCAGGAAGAACUCGACACGCAUGCAGAAGCUGAGCGACGACGCGAAGAACGGCGGCGUCUCAGAGCUCAGCUUGAGGCGGAGCAAGGUGAUGCUCGCGAGGCGUUGAAGGAAGAGCGUCGAAAGGCGUACUAUGCAGAAGAAGAAGAGCGAGCACGACGACGCAAAGAAGAGCGCAAGGCUAAGGACCACGACCGAGGAAGGUCCAGUCGCAAAAAGUCCACCGCGCUCGUUGAAGAAUACCAUGAGAGUCGGAGUGGUAGUGGCAAAGGGACAGCACCGCCCGCCGACAAAACCAGCUCGUGGGUGAACUCACAGGCCGAUGAGCCACCAGAGGUCCCACCUGUUGAAGGAACCAUCUUAGACCCUAGUGGGGAGAAACCGCGCCGGCUUGCAGAUGAGGACGAUGGGCCCAAACGCAGCGGCCGGCAUCACGACAAAUACGCAGGCAUGACUGAUGCGGAAAUAGCAGAGUAUCGUGCACGACGCAAGAGUAUUCGUCGCGGCGAAGGCAAAAGUGCCAGUGGCGGGAGUGAUGAGCGAGAGAAAGACCGAGACCGAAAGGAAAGAAGAAGAAAAGAUCGUGACCCGGCCACCGAACGUGGCUACGGUGGUUACGGCUACGACGAAGUGCCGGUGAAGACUUGGGAUGGCCGACCUGCUCUUGGCCGCAACGACAGCAAACGGAAGAGUUUUUUAGGGGGCCUCUUUUGA